AUGACUACUUUUACUACUAAAGUCAUUGAUACCGGUUGGGUCCAGCCACUAUCGGCGCCUUCCGUGACCACUCCAGUUCAGAAGAAAGUCCGAACUCGGCAGACAGGUACUGCAUGGACUCGCUCAGGUUGUCUGACUUGUAAGAAGCGUCGCAAAGGCUGUGAUAAGGCCAAACCGAGUUGCAAUAAUUGUAUAAAACAGGGUCGUGUCUGUGAGGGCUAUGGGUCUCUUUGGGUAGAACCGUUAGGCCCAUCAACACAAACUUUCCAGCAAGAUGCCUCGACGGAAUUCGUGAGACCACGACGGAGGAAUAAGACGAACCUUUCGCAUCUAUUGUCACCAUCGCCGUCACCAUACCAUUCCGACGGAUCCCUAGACACACCACCAUCCAUUGUGUCUAGUUCCCCUAGUGGAUCUGUCCCUUCAUCGCUACCAAAUCAGUCCUCGGAGGAUAACCGAAACCAAACCGAUGAAAGUAUUCAACAGGUCAUGGUCUCCCCAGAUUCAUUGGCAGUUGUCCCGCGACCACGAAAUUAUGUCCCACAUUUAUCCAAUACCGAAUCACACUACAUUCAAUAUCACGUUGAGUAUGGCUCAAGGCUUCUGGCCAACCUCGAAAGCGAGGACAACCCUCUUAGAUCACUGCUGAUCCCUCGCGCGAUGUCAUCUCCGCUUCUCAUGAAGGCUGUUUGCGCAAUGUCUGCACUUCACCUUGCAAAUCGCUCGCAGGGAUUUAGUGCUCAAACCGCCUCGGCAAACUACUAUGGCCAAACUCUGAAUGAGCUGCGAUCAGUACUGGUUAAAUCCUCACCAGAGCACCUUUCAGACAACGAAAUGAUAGCUGUGGGUCUACUGUGCAAAUAUGAAAUCGUACGAGGUAGCGUGAAGCAAUGGGUCGUGCAUCUCAACGCACUUCAACGGGUAAUUACCAGCCGUGGUGGCCUGCGUUCGAUGGAGCAAGACGCCGCUCACUUUCUAAGGGGACUAUUUCUCUAUGCCUAUAACAUGGCCCGAAUCAGUAACCGCAAGCGUAUCACUGCUGCAGAUGCUCAUCCGGCAGAUACGCAGCUCGGUACUCCAAGAUUGGAUAUCUACAUUGGAUACACUGAAGAAUUGCUCAAUCUUUGUGCGAAAAUUGCCGAACUUCCCUCUUUACAUGACGACAUGUUAUCUCUACGAUUGGCAAUAGCCUCCAUAAACGAAUCUCUAUGCACAUGGUCUCACGACUCUUUUCCAGUGAUCAUCCCCAAAGGCCUCACAAUCGCAUCUCUCACCCGCUUGCAACUAGUGGCUGAAUGUUUCCGCGACGCAGCAUUCAUCUACCUUCACUCUAUUCUGGAGCGAAUGAGUAUGAAAUCAAGUCGUUACACCAGGACAGAACAUGGGGAUCCCGGGAAUAUUCCGUACCUCACAGAAUGGGCUCCUCUCAUUUCCACUCCUAAAGCAACUGCAGUCCAUCGCUGCCUUGCACGCGUAGAGAUGUUUCCCUUGGAUGAUCAUUGCGAGUACUCGGCACUCACUUUCCCGCUUUUUAUUGCGGGCGCUGAGAGCGAGGUAUUUGUUCACCGAGAAUUGAUCAUAAAUUCUCUGAAUAAACUGCAGCACAAUUUUGGAAUUGGGAACGUCAGGCGGGCAAAGGAACUACUUGGUAUUUUGUGGGCAAGGAAAGAUGCUAACGCUCUCAGUGAGAUCUCGGGUGGAAUUGAUAUUCCCAGUUACCGCGAAGCUGCCCAGAAUACUCACUGGCAGGACAUCUCGGAGGAGUUGCAAUGGGAUGUGAUCCUCGCAUAA